AUGCAUACAUCAAACGGACUUCAAGUCAUUUUCGGGGCGGCUGGCAUUGGUCCCGAGGCAUUCCGUGAUGUUGCGAGAGAACAGCUGGAUGUUCUGUUGGACGAAGAUAUCACGGCGCUGGAUACUUCUGAGAUGUACGCAGGGUGUGAGGAUGAGCUUGCAUAUUUACAGGCUACAAAGAAAUUCGAGAUUCAUGCCAAGGUCGCUGGAGGUGCCAGUCCUGGAAGACAGCAUGAUGCAAUUAUCGAAGCUGGCCAAGAACGCCUUCGAAAGCUGAACGUGGACCAAGUCGAAAUCUUCUAUCUUCAUGCGCCUGACAAUUCGGUGCCUGUGUCUGACCAAGUCAAAGCAUACGAUGCCUUGUACAAGCAGGGCGCCUUCAAGCAUCUCGGUCUCUGCAAUUUCACACCCGAGGAGUUGGAAGCGUUUUACAACGCUGCCAAGUCGAACAAUUGUGUCCUUCCAACCGUCUACCAAGGCUCGUACAGUGCCGUUAGUCGUGUUGCCGAGAGGGAGCUCAUUCCCCUACUUCGCAAGUUGGGAAUCCGCUACGUUGCAUAUGGGCCGAUCAGUGGCGGCCUGCUUGCAAAGUCUAGAGAGGAGCUUCUCAGGGGGACCGGGCGGUUUGACCCCAAUAAUUUCGUUGGGACGGUCUAUAAUGCCCUCUUCAACAAACCUUCGUACCUAAAAGCCCUGGAUGCGUGGGGCGAAAUUGCUGAGCAGGCGGCAAUUUCGAGGGUUGAACUGGCAUAUCGAUGGACCAUUUUCCACUCUGAACUUAGUGGUGAGCAUGGCGAUGGGAUCAUCUUCAGCGCGAGCAGUGUUGCUCAGUUGAAGAACACCAUUAAGUUCUUCAAGGGAGGACCACUUGAAAACGACAUCGUCAAGCGGGCUGAUGCCGUUUGGAAGAUUGUAGAGCCCGAGGCCGCUCUGGACAACUGGCAUGGAUAUUUGAAGGGGCUAUUCUAA